AUGACAGUCACAGGCUCUCUCCCGACCUCUGGCCCUUUGGCCCCGCCUCCCGCGUACGAGAUCCAAGUCGCCAACGACAGCCAGGAGCUGCUCAUCAAUGAUAUCAAGUCUGAGAACAUUGAGCCUCUGUGGCCAAAGAUGGGGCGGCUGAACCCUCCCACGCCCGAGCCCAAGGCAGUGGCUCACAAGUUCGAGUACGCCAAAUUGCGCCCACACCUUAUCCGGGCCGGCAAGCUAGUCACGGAGAAGCAGGCCGAGCGCCGCGUACUCAUGCUCAUCAACCCCGCCAUGGAGGCACCGCAUACCACAGACACGCUGUACGCAGGCCUUCAGCUUGUCAUGCCGGGUGAAACGGCGCCCGCACACCGUCACACAGCCUUUGCCUGCCGCUUCAUCAUCGAGGGCAAUGGCGGCUUCACAGCCGUACAUGGCAGGCGGAUCAAAAUGCACCGUGGGGACUUUAUCCUCACGCCGACGUGGUGCUACCACGACCACGGCAACGAGUCCGAGGCAUCUCCUAUGAUCUGGCUCGACGGCCUCGACCUGCCUCAGUUCCAGCACUUUCCUGUUCACUUUGUACAGCAUUACGAGCAACCCCGCUACCCGGCCGAAGAUGCGCCUACUUCUCCGAUUGUGUUCCCGUGGGUCGACAUGCAGGCAGCUCUUGAUGCCAAGGACGGCCAACACGUGGUUGUACGCUACACGUCCAAGCAGCCUGGCGAGGAGGGGAACGAGGUGUCCAAGAUUAUCGGUGCGCAGUGCGAGCGUCUCGAUGCCGGUGCGAGUUCAGAGCCCAUCCGCGAGACUACUAGUGCCGUGUACCACGUGAUCGACGGGAGCGGGCGCUCCACUGUUGGUGACAAGGUCAUUGAGUGGGUAAAGGGCGACACGUUCACCGUCCCUUCUUGGCAAAAGUACAGCCACACGGCCGAUGAGAACAGCUACCUCUACCGCUUCGAUGACCGGCCCAUGAUUACUGCGCUGGGCUUCUACCGCAACGACAAGGAGGACUUUUACAACCAGCUCUAA